AUGAGUGGAAUUUUACGAAAUACAUUGCGUCUUGUUGGCACAGCAAAAUAUGCUCUAAAUAAUUCAACAAAAUAUCUACGAUCCAUGACACUCACAACUAAUCAUUUAAAAAAUUCAUUAUUGUCAUUUAAUCAAGCUAACCAAAUAUCAACUAAUUUUGGGAAAAUCAUACGGACCACUGGAAAGAAAAUAUUAUCAUUAUUUUCUAAUGAACAAAUAAGAAAAGCAGAUAUUGUUCAUCUUAAGGUAUUACUCAGUGAUGGUAAAGUAAGAUUAAUGACACGAGAAAGAGAGAAAAAUUUAAUUUUUCCUCCAAUAUUCAGCAUUGAACUUAACGAAGAAUCAAUUCAACCUAUAAGCAAUAAAAUUUCUCCUAAAGAAGAGUCAUUAUCAUACAGUUUAGGUAAAUGGAAUAUAUCACUUGAUGGUGAUGCAUUAACAUUUAAAAUAGAUGAUACUGAUGAAACGUUCAUUUUGAAACACGCAGUUUACGUUAAAGCUCACAUAAACCCACCUAAACCGUUAAAGAAUGGUAGAUGGAAGAUGGUUUCAGAAACAACUAUUUCUGACUGUGAAAUGGGUAGCGCUAAAAUAAUAUCCAAACAAGCUGGGUUGACAGAUAACGUACGGUCUUUCGCACCUAGGCAAACCGAGGCCUCUGCCGAAAUACUUAAAAGUUACGGAAAUCCAAUAUCCGAGGCACUAAUAGACACUAAAAGUCCCAGAAUAAUUGAUGAUAAACCAAAUGAUUUUGGAAGAAUGAAACUGAAAUUUCCAAUGACUGCGUCACUUGAAGGAGCUCCAAUAACAAUAAAAAUGAAAGAUACUGAUGAUACGUAA